GAAUUACCUGAGCGAAAAUCCGUAAACAUGUCGGUCAAUGAGACCGUACCGCUUGAUGAAAUACAAAGUGUUGAGGCCUCCGAGCCUGUUCAUAUAGCAACAACACAUGAAAAAUAUAUGGCAUCGAUGGUGUCUUCGAUGCAAAACGGCAUUGAAAAGACCAAUGAGCUCAUUUUGAGACUAGUUAAAUCGAUAGAAGGCAAUUCGGCCUCGUGUUCUCAACAAGCCCCAAAGAGGGCCCUUGAAAUUGAACCCGACGAAGACAGGAAUGAAUCUGCCACAAAGAGGGCAAAACGCCCCCAAAGUCAGGGCAACGAAGUAGUGGCAAUGACCACGACGAUGUAAACACACAAAAUGUCAUAAAUGACAAUGCUUUAAGUCUUUUCGCCUUUGAAGCCGAAUAUGAUUAUGAUGGCGGCGAGGGCGAAGUCGACAAUUCCGGCUCAGGUAACGAGGAUGAUCUAUUGAAUGCGAUUUCGCAAGAUCUUUUCGAAACUGCCGACAAAGGUCCAGCAAUAAAUGAAAAACUCGCCCAAAUUACAGACAAAAAUUUUAUUGUAGAACUAGAGCCUGGGAAAUUGAAAAAUAUUCUUCAAAAACACCAAAGACCUCAAAAUUGUGAGCAACUAUAUGUGCCACGGGUAAACCCAGAAAUAUGGUCAAAAAUACCAGGGCAUACCAGGAAAAAAGAUAUUAAACUUGCCAACCUGCAAGAUACAUUACAGACCAGUGUUUCUGCGAUAACGAGCUCCUUAAAUGAUAUCAUGCAAAGUCAUGAAAUGCACGAACAAGCUGACCUAAAAAUGGUUGCUUCAAAAUUGAUAGAUGCCACUGCUCUUAUUGGGCAUGUUUCUAAGGAGCUAUCCUUUAAACGCAGAGAGUCGAUAAGACCAUUUCUUCACAAUGAUUUUAAACAAGCUUGCUCUAGAGAUAACAAGGUUGAAAGCCUUCUGUUUGGCACUGAUUUAGCUGCCACAGCACAGAAAAUUAAAAAUACCAGUAAAGUCAUGCAAAGUGUCACAACACCUAACAACCGUUUCCAUAACAACAAUG